GGCCAAUUUUUUUUCAUAAAAUUCGGGGCCCUAUGCAGUGCAGGCACGCCACUCUGUCUCUGCACGCUUCAUCACCAUCAGAAGAAGCCGACGCCUUGGUUAGUUGGUAGGUCUUCCUGUCUCUCCACAACCAAAAUCAUCGCCAUGCCAUAUGGCCACCGCCGGAGCAGUCGUGGACCGGCUGCUUCGCCGGCUGGCUGCAGAUGCUCGCCGGCUGGAGCUACCCCCAAACAUAGAAGAGGAUGCGGCGCAUGUGGGGCGAACGUUAGCGAGGUUUCAAGAUGUGCUGGUAAGCAUGGAGAUGCGGUAUUUCAGGAUCGGUACGGAUGCGCAGGAAUGGAUGGAGAGGAUCAGGCAGAUUGCCUAUGACAUGGAGGAUCUACUGGAUGAAUUUGCAGACCCUAGAGGCACCACCAGAUCCCCAAAGAGUGGCUCCUGGAUUGCCAAGGCAGCGUCAUUCUGUUCAGCAACUCCAUUUUUCUUGCAUAUUAGUAGAUCAGAAAGAAUGAAGUGUAUCAGAAGAAAGUUAGAUAUCUCGACAGAAGAUUCUCUCAUAUAUAGUUUGAUGCAGCGCAGUUCGUAUGAUCUCAAGCCAUCCUAUAACAAGAACGAAGUGUUUGAUGCAGCUGCAGUUAUUGGAAGAGAUAAUGAUAAAAAAAUUAUCAAAAGUUUGCUCAUGCAAGAUCACGCUGAUAAGUUGGCCAUCAUUCCUAUAGUUGGCCCUGCAGGGUCAGGGAAAACGACUCUGGCAAGGUUAGUUUUUCAUGACAAGACCGGAGGAGAGUGGAACCCUGAACUACGCAUAUGGGUCCAUUUGGACAAGAAGUUGGAGCUUAAUAAAAUUGCUCAGGAUAUAAUCUCGCAAGCUUAUGAAAUGGAGAACAUUAUGGUUCCAGAGAUCACCUCAGAUGAUCAAAUUCGAUACAAUCGACAGCUUAUAAAGAAUCGUCUUGGAGAAAUUCUUCAUGACAAAAGCUCUCUAAUUGUCUUGGAUGACAUGUAUAGCACAGAUAAAAUCCAGCUGGCCGAACUAAAGGACAUGUUGAGGGGAAAAAACAAGUGUACCAAGAUCAUCGUGACCACUUCAAGUGAAACAACUGCAGAGUUAGUGCAUUCUAUUGCACCUUAUAAGCUGGGCCAUUUAUCUGAAGAUGAUUGUUGGAAAAUAUUUUCUCAAAAAGCAUUUAGUAAUCCAGAUGAAAACAGAAGCCUCGUUGAAACUGGGAAGCAAAUUGUGAAAAUCUGUGAAGGCAUGCCAGGGAUAGCGUAUUCUCUUGGUUCAGUGAUGUGUAACAGGGAUGACGGUUCCUGGUUAUGGGCAAGGGAUAAGGAAAUAUGGGAAUUAGAGAAAAGAUUUUCAAGUGGUCUUAAAAUACUUGCGCCAUUUAGUGAACUGUAUUACAAUAUGCCAUCGACACUGAAGUUAUGCUUUGGAUAUUUGUCAAUCUUCCCCAAGGGAUCAACAAUUGAUAAGGAUAAACUUGUUCAACAGUGGAUGGCACUAGAUAUGGUUGGGUCCAAGCAUGGAACCUUACCUGCUCAUGUUCAUGGAGAGAUGUACAUUCAGGAACUUCUAUCAAUGUUCUUCCUUCGAAUUCAAGAGAUGCCCUCGGGUACUGGAAUCAGUCACACCAAUGGUCCCGUGGUGGUCCAAAUGCAUAAUCUGGUACACGCUUUUGCAAACUAUGUCGCUGGUAACGACCUCAUAAUUCUGGAUGCUGGAGACCUGUCAAAUGGCCCUUCAGCAGGUGAAAAGAUCAGUUACAACUAUGUGGUGGUGAAGAAUGACGCUGGACAAUCAACACCCAAGAAAGAGUUGCUCACCAAGGCAAGAGCAGUAUCAUUCAAAAACUGUUCGGCAUCGAAGUUUCUUGCAGAUGCGAUUUCGGAACUGAAACACUUACGUGUCUUAGAUCUUACUCGUUGUCAUAUUGUGGAAUUACCAAGUGCCAUUGGCGGUUUGAAACAUCUGAGGUACCUUGACUGUUCUGGCCUAAAGAUCCGUAAAUUACCAAACCAGAUGAGUAGUUUACGAAACCUUGAGGCCUUGGUUCUCUCAGAAUCUUAUCUUGAGGAGUGUCCCACAUUUGUUGGUUCUUAUCUGAAGUUAACAUAUCUGAACCUACAAGGAUGUCACAAACUUCAAACCUUGCCUCCAACACUUGGUGAUCUCAAAAGACUACAAUAUCUUAACCUUUCAGACUGUCCUGGAGUUAGUAAAGUACUAGAAUAUCUUUGUGGACUCCACAAACUUCGAACCUUGGAUCUGUCAGGUUUCACUGAGCUUCAACAGUUUCCUCAUUUAUUUGCUGGCCUAACAAACUUAGAGGAUUUAAACCUGUCAGGUUGUUCUAGGCUGGAUAUUCUACCAGAAUCUUUCGGCAAUCUUGUUUCUCUCCGGUUCUUGAACUUAUCAGGUUGCUCUGAGCUACAGCAGUUGCCAGAGUCUAUUAUAGGUCUUGUAAAUUUGCAGUAUCUGAACCUGGCACAGGUUCACCUUGAGUUGCCCAAGUAUCUAAGCAAGCUGGAGAGGCUCCACACGUUGGACAUCACUGGAUAUCGUUUACAAGUGUCACCAGUCGCAGCUGCAGCAUUUUCAAGCAUAAUACAGAAUAUGCCUAAUCUUAAAUUGCUCUUGACUGACGAUUCUAAUAUUGAAAAUUACACAUCCCAGCACAUUCAGUGGUCCACAGAUGUUGGCAAGCAGUCCUUUCAAAUCAGAAACAUUGUAAAAACAGGAGAGUCUCCAUGUGCUCCAGAGGGGGCAAAACUGGUGCAAAUGCAAACCUCUCCAUAUCCUCUCCUUGAGGCGAAUUCGCAUGAAAAAGUAAAUAAGGGUACACAGGAGGAGAUCACUGAGGUCGAGGUUUCAUCUACAGGUGGACAGUGCCCCGAGUCCUCAGCUGGGCCAAGCUCCAAGCUCGCAAGUUGGAAUGAAGUAGCAUUGAACAACUCCGGUAGCCAUAGUCCUGCAGCAUCCGCGUUACUCUACCCAUGGAGUAAGGGUGAGAUUCUGGAGUCAGUGAAUGUUAAGGCCUUCACUUUUAAGGAGCUGAGGAAGGCCACGAAUAACUUCACGCCAGAAUCUAAGCUAGGUGUGGGUACUUUUGGGGCGACAUACAAGGGGUACAUUAAGAAGACGUCGCUAUCCCGAGCUAAAGCAGGCCAAGAGAUGAUCGUUGCUGUCAAGAAGGGCAGUCGUUGCGUAGGUCAUCAAGAGUGGCUGGCUAGUGUUAAGUACAUUGGACAGCUGUCACAUCCACGCCUUGUAAAGCUCAUCGGGUACUGCCUUGAAGACGAACAGCCGCUACUCGUAUAUGAAUACAUGUCCCGUGGGAGUUUGGACAAUCAUCUAUUCAGGAGGGGUGGUGAGGCAUUUCCCACCCGUAAGCAAAAUGAAGGGGAUAGUGAGACACUUCCCUGGAACACCCGGAUGAAAAUUGCCCUUGGAGCGGCAGAGGGGCUGAAAUUUCUCCAGAGUCAGGAUGCUCAAAUCAUUCUCCAUUACUUCAACACCACUAAUGUCCUUCUGGACGCGAAUUAUGAAACCAAGAUUUUUGAUUUUGGGCUGGUGGAGCAUAAUUGGAUGGGUGGCCCCGCUGAAGCAGUGGUGCUGAAGUACAUCGCCCCAGAAUACAUUGCAACAGGUCAUGCUCACGCCAGGAGCCACGUCUACAGUUUUGGAGUGGUACUCCUAGAAUUGUUGUCAGGGAAACGUGCAUGGAACACUAACGGGCCGUUACAUCAAAUGGACCUAGUAAAUUGGGCCAGGCCAUACCUUGAAAAAGGGUGGCCCCUGAUCAGGAGGAUCGUGGAUUCUAGUCUGGGGUUGGAUUAUUCGCUUCCCGGGGCCGAGAAGGCUGCAAAACUAGCAUACCGAUGCCUCUCGGGUGAUCCCAGGCGAAGGCCUUCCAUGGACGAGGUGGUCGAGGUCCUUGAACAGCUACAGGAUGCCAAGAAGACUGAGAAGAAGACAUCCCUCAGUUAUGGUUCGAAAGGGAAAACGAGGGGGGAGCGCUCAUCGGCCAGCAAAAACAAGGGGAUUUCCCAGUGGUUAAAAGGCAGCCGGCUCAAACAACAAGGAGGCAUGGAUUCGAAACCAGCUCCCACCACAGGUUCUCUUUCCUAAGAUAAGUUGCACAACGAGGGAAAUGGAAUUCUUAUGUCCAUACAUGCAGGCAAAGCCAAUCAAAACUGACUGCCGGCAAAGCAUAAAUUCAAGCAAUUCUACGAGACAUUUACUUUUGGGGGUGCACAAUGAUGGUCGGCUCACCAUCCAAUUUGGAAUCGGGUGAUUCCACUGAAGAACUAACAGGGCUUUCAUGUGUCGAGCCUUCUAGGACAGGCUCAAUCGAGCUCAAUAUUAAUGCCAACGAAACAAGCAAGAGAUGAACAGAAAACGAUUCUGCGAUCAUGCUGGCGUAUGAAUCCAAUAAGGACAUCAUAUUGCGCUGUGAGCUAACUACUGAAUUCUUCUGAAGAAGCUAAGCAUCGAUACAGAGUUUUAUGCAAACCUGGCCAGUUUCGUUGCCUGGUUGCUUGUAAACUUUGGCAUUGCGAGGAACCUACCCGGUUUUGAGGACGCUGCCAAGUUACGCCCUCAACCCAUGCUCAUAAUGAACGCCACUCUGGUGGCUCUGGAGCUGCACAGCGGAAGGCACAAACAACGGAACCGUUACAUUUCAGCUCAGAUGUUUAUUUUUUUGCUCUUCUACACGCGCUUUUUUACAGUAUUAUUCUUUACAUGUUUGUGGUACAUAUUGUGAUAUUUGUCUAAAUCUAUGAAAAUGUAAGGCAGAGUCUCCUCUGCCUUUUGCUUCAUAGGAAAAAAAGAUGGAAGGAGGGUCAUCGAAGAGGCAAACUGGUGAAGAGCCAUGACUAAUAAUACAGCCAAGAGCCGGCCGUUUGUUAUUGCACGCCAUAUACAAGCAUACAGCUAACUAAAAAGCCACCCAUAUAGUGAUGUUGCCAUAGACAUAAAUUAAAUUAUUGAUAUUUAGCGCACCUUAUUCUCUCAUAGUUUUUUUGGGAAACAUCUACGUCAGCUGGCUGUAAUCUAGCGGUCCGCUUUCCUUCUCUCUGCUCUGCAAAAAGAGAAGACAGAAUGGAGAUGCAAUGGUACUUUUGUUUCCUUGUA